GCUACUACUGCCGGUGCUAUCGACGUCCUCCUCGCCAUUUAUAUACGGAUAUGGAUGAUGCUUGGGAAUCCAUCGUGAGCUCACUCACUCAUUCAUCCAUCUUCUCGUCCUAGAAUUGGACCAUGUCCACCGCCAGGGUUCUUUGCAGCUUCUCCAAGCACGGAGCAUGCGUGGAAGGAGAGAGCUCCGAGCUCUCCCACCACUCCACUGGCCAAGCUAACAACUUUUCUCAGGUUUGUGCCUUCUACCAGAAGGGUGCGUGCUCGAACGAUGCCCGUUUCACGCAUGAUCACGUCGGGGUUUCUCACAGCAACCCGGUGUUCCAGCACGGAGGAGCGGAAGAUGUCAUGUGGGGGAACAAGAGGUCCGUGGCGGACCCACACCAGGCCGUGCUGCACUAGCUAGAAGUAUGGGAUGCCCAUAGAUAUGUAAUUGCUUGCAUGCCCUAUUUUCGCCAUUAGCGUGUGUGAUUUGGAGAGCGGAAAGGUUUCGUCCCGAAGAAGGUUUUCCUGCCGCUUCCAAAUAUCUAGAGUUGGGUAAUCAGAUCGACUGUGUAAGUCCACCCCUCGUUCAUCAAUAAAGCAAGCACAAAUUUAUCCA